GCCCCCCUAAAUUCGUUCUAUGAUUAUUCCAUUCAUAUUAUUAUAUAGCUCAAAGUUUAUUAUAAUUACUAAAUGCUUUAACAAAGAAACGGCUGACACAGUCUUUAUGUUUAGCACUGGGUUAACUAGGGUUAAUAACAAAAAUUGUGAAGUUACUUAACUAACUAUGAAAGGAAAUAAUAAAACUAUAAGCGUGGGUUAAAAACAUUUUUUUUAAAAUUAUGAAAUUAAUAAAAGCCAAGUGAGACGGAAAAUGGGAAAUGACGCACAAAUACAGUUGCCGGGAAACUCAACACAGGAUAGGGUCGUUCGCACAAACGAUUUGCACACCGUGAAUAGAACUGUAAAGACGUUAGAAUUUCAGGGACUGCUUUGGUCAUGUUCUCUAAAGAGGAUAUGUUUAUCCGCCCUUUGGCUUCCCCUGGGUGCUUUGAUAUUUUGCUACAUCACUGCGUCUUUAUUCCAGGCAGAUGAUAUUCACGAAACACACUGUAGGGUUUACAACGUAGUUCCAUCUAUAAGUGCUAUAACGGGUAUCAGUCCGCAAAGAUAUGUAUGGAGGAUAUGCAUCGCGUAUCACUUAGGACCAAGACUUUUGAUAGGUUCCCUUUAUUACAACUAUCAUAAAGACCGGACUUCUCUUAUAGUAGAAGAAAAAGCGCGAGUUUUAGCCAUCAAGUUAGGAGAUGCAUGUUAUUGGUUAAAUUUGAUAGAGCUACUAGCUUUAACUGGAGUCACAUAUGUUUCGAACAGGGAAAAUUAUUACGCACAUGAAAAAAUAUUUAUAAUAUUUAUGGUGGCGUCUCUACUUCAUAUGUUGUGUCGAGCGCGUGUCGGUUGUAUAGCCAGUGACGUUGUGGAGCCGGUCAGGACCAAUAAAAUUGUAUGGAUAUUAUUUUUUGUAGCUAUAUUAGCUACUCUUGGGCUUAUAAUAUUUUUUCUAAGACACCGUUUGCUAUGUAGGCCGUUAGCGUUUACUUGGUUUUCGAUCUGCGAAUACAUUCUAGCCACAAUAAAUAUGGCGUUCCACGCGAUCGUGGUUCGCGAUCUACCAACCCACGAACUGCAAGUUGUAUUUCCCACACAUGUAAAGACCAAUUAAAUAAAGCGUACGGUAAAAUAUUAUAGAACUAGUAAUAAUACGUAAUAAAAACGAAAAUGUUAAGUUUCAACCAUUUCUAGAAUAUUAAUAAAUACAUAGCUAAUGUUAUAUAUGUAUUUUAUGUUAUUACAAUAAGCAUUGUUUUCUUGUUUACAAUAGGUAAUUGUAGCAUUUCGCACUGAAAGACGUCAAGAUUUCAAGUCUUGUUAAUUGUUGACAGUGUUCGGUAUUUCUAAGAUUUUUAGGAGUUCAGUUUAUUUAUAAAUGGCCCAUUUGGUUAAAAAGUUCCCUCCUUUUCAUGUAAUUUUUUUUUUAUUACGCAAAUAGAACCUAACUAACAUCAUUCAUUAUAAUUAUUAACAUUAUUGUAAGUUUUAUUAAUAUAUGGCGUUAAUGUUAAUUGGUUUCACAGUUUUCAUUUCUACGUCACUGGAAAAGUGAUAAAAGUUGAACAAAGGCUAUUGCGGAUAUCUUACACCUAAAAAAGUAUUUUGACAUAUCAAUCGAGUGAAAAAAUUAUCCUAAUGUAUUCAUUAUGUAUUAAACACUGAAAGAGUGAUAUAAUAUAGCUCUGCACUAGUUUUGAGUUAUAGCAUUAACGAAGAUUUUGAAAUUGAAGCUAAUCGACAAUUUAACUGUUUUUUUGUUAGUGUUUAUAUUUGUCGGACUGCCUAAAAUUUUAAAAUCAUAAGAAUACUUUAUAAAAAAGCUGUAUUUAUGUAUUUAAUAUUUAUUGCAAAAUAUUUUAAAAGUGCACUUAACUGUAAAACUUUUCGGAAGUAUCUAAUUGGCAUAUAAGGAAUGGGAAAUGUAAACUUAAGUUUAAGUAUAGAUUACAGUAGUUUCUAGAAGUAAUUUAGAAUAGUAAAGUCAAAUUAUAUAUUAGUUAUAUUAAUUAAUUGAA